UCGAGGAGAAAGCAGCGACAGCCGUCGCCAGCGGAAACGUUAUCGCCCCAGAAAACCUCGGAUUUAUGCAAUAUUCGAUGAACUAGCUUGUAUAUUGGUUGUAUAUCCCUUCGCCUUGUGGAUGAAACUGUGUUCAACGUUUUUCAAGUGUGAAUCGCCACCUUAAUGCAGUGGGAUGGCCACAGUGCCGCCUGGGCCUAGUAGCGCACUGCCCGUAUCCCCGGCUGAGAUUCCUCCUUUCCCCGGGGCUGGGAUCGCGGAGCCGGCGGUGGAAGACGGAGAGCCGGCCUGCCGCGGGGAGGAGUGUGUACCUGCCGGUACGGGAAAGAAGUCUCAGUCAGUAAACGAAGUCACAAGGUCGGUUAAGAAGAAGCAGAAAAACAUGCUAGCGCGAGCUAGCCCGGCGGCGCUGCACCUUAAAAUGCAAGCCCGAGAGCAGCAGCAGCUCAACGGCUUGGCCAGCCCCUCAGAAGACCCUGACAGCCACGAACGGGCAGGAAACCGGCCUGACAAUCCCAGAUCAUCCGGCGACAACUGUGACAACAGCAGCGGGAGCAGCAGCGAGGAGGUUCCUGUCGCUAGAAACAAUAGUGAACACUGCCAACACGAAGGCCACGGCCCCUGCUCCAAAAACGGCAAUCACUCUCCCCAUGUUAACAAUAGCAUGAACGGGAUGCCGGGUUUCGCUACAACUGAGGCGGCCUGCGAAGGGGGGAAAGAGUUUGGCCACACGCCGCCCCCGAGACCGUCAAAUGACGAGCCACCGGACGCUGCGGGGCCCGGCGGAGAGGAGAGCCAGGCUGACCGGCAGCAGCAGCCGCCGGCUGAGGAGCUGGCCCGGCUCGACCUGAGCAGCUCUCCCGGGGAGAGCCAUGCCAUUCGCUAUGUCCGCUACGAGUCCGAACUGCAGAUGCCAUGGAUCAUGAGACUGAUCACCAAGGACUUAUCUGAGCCUUAUUCAAUUUACACGUACAGGUACUUCAUCCACAACUGGCCGCAACUCUGCUUUCUGGCCAUGGUGGAACAGGAGUGUGUGGGAGCCAUUGUAUGUAAGCUUGACAUGCAUAAGAAGAUGUUUCGCCGUGGCUACAUCGCCAUGCUGGCUGUGGACUCGAAACACAGAAGGAAAAGCAUCGGUACUAAUCUGGUGAAAAAGGCCAUCUAUGCCAUGGUGGAGGGCGACUGCGACGAGGUUGUAUUGGAGACUGAGAUCACCAACAAAUCAGCCCUGAAGCUAUAUGAAAACUUGGGUUUUGUCAGAGACAAGCGGCUCUUCAGAUACUACCUGAACGGAGUGGACGCGCUGCGGCUCAAACUGUGGCUCCGCUAGCGAAAAGCAGAAGGGACGGGGGAGGACGGGACAGCAGGUGCUGUUCACCUCGAACACUUAUCAGCUUGACAACCUCAGCUCUGCCCUGGUCAUUUCACUCUUAUAGACACACACACACACACACACACACACACACGCCUGUGUACAAGGAGUAUGCACAUAGGUAUGCAUAAGCAAGCAAACACACCCCCCAUUUGUCCUUGACCUCUGAGCAACCGUUUAGGCAGAAAUGAACUGAAAUCCCACCAGGUGUUUCAUGAAUGGGGUCUCUGCUGCCUUCUGUGACGAGGGCGGGGCGAGUGAGGGUGGUCUCUGGGAUGACCUUGUUGACCAGGGACUCGAUGACAUUGCGACCUUGAAACUCGAGCGCCUCUUCGACCAGGUGUGAGGCAGCUCGGGAGAGGAAGUGCAUCCGGACCCAGAAAAAGGACAAGGCACUACACCAAAUCCUCCUGCAGAACCCAGGACAAAAACGGACUUAAAAAAAAAAAAACA